AACAACCGCUGCGUUCGUUUUCGAGGGCACGCCGUCUUCCAGGGCGAUCGAUCCGCCGCCAGCGGUCGCCGGAGCUCCGGCAGGAGGUGGUGCGGAGCCAUGGUGAAUCCAUCCAUGGAUACACUGCAGAUUGGAUCGUCCAAAUAGAGGAUUCUCGCUGUUGCUUGUCGCGAUUGAAGAUGCGAUUGCCAAUCGCUUACAUCAUCCAGUUCACCAUCAUCGGUAAACAAGGUGUUGGGAAGACGUGCCUGCAGCUGCAGUUCACGGACAAUACAUUCCCGACGGUGUAUGAAGCCACUAAUGACAUCGAGUAUGGCACACGCACUAUCACGGUUGGCAACCAGCGCAUAAAGCUUCAGAUUUUGGACACGUUAGUGCCUGCCAGUGGUGUGACCCGUAUGACGCUGAAAGUCGAUCUUCAGGCCUCAGGGUCAUAUUUUCAUAAUCGAAAGGCGAUUCCUUGGUGCCGCACAUGUCAUAGCUCUCACCGUGGUGUUGAUAUGCCCUUGUAUCUUCCGUUUUCCGCUGCUAAACAGUUGUUUUAUUUCCAGCUAACCCGUGAGGUUAUGCGAGUUGUAAGUAUCUUUUAAAUUCUAGAU